AUGUCCACCAUGGUGCAACACGCGUCAUCUCAAACUGGUUCUGACUGGGCGUACUCUGAAGAUAUUCCUGGUUCGAGAACUGACCCUGACGAUGGACCGUGGCCCCGUUCGUACCAGAUCUUGGAGGAAGACGACAUUUGGCACGAACUUAGGCUGCUGGCAAAACCACAAACCUUUCAUUUCAACACGGUUCGAGGGCGGCGCGCCGACUGUAUCAAUUUUCAACCGUCACCAUCGACCAGAACACAGGAUCGAUACGUGGUCAAGCAGCUGGGAAUCAAUGGGAGGCAGUGGACUUUGACGGGUGUGUUUGAUGGCCAUCUCGGCGAUGUGACUGUUGAACACGUCUCACAUCAUCUACCAAUUAUCAUUCAAGAAUUCCUACAGAAUGCAUUCGAGAAUGAACCAUCACGUCUCAGUGAUCCAACCUUCAUUUCCGACUCUUUCUCGCGUUCCAUCACUGCCUUUGAUGAUGCUAUUGCAGGAGACGUGUUAAAUCUUUUUGGAGGUAUUGAAGGGUUAUCAAAAUACUCGGAUGCUCAGAUCAGGCAGAUUAUCAAUGACCGACAUAAAGGUGGAGCCAACUACACUAAGGCGCGCCUGAAUAUGUACGGAACUACCGCCUUAGUUGCGCUCGUCGACCCGGAUUACAAGAACCUUUGGAUCGCCAAUCUCGGGGAUUGUAAAGCUAUCUUAGUAUCUCCGAAAGAAGACGAUAAAUGGGAAGUGAAUGUGCUCACGCGCGACCAUAACGGGGACAACGAUGCAGAAGUUGAACGUGUCCGUCAGGAACAUCCUGACGAACCGGACUGUGUCAUUGACCGCAGAGUACUUGGUGCCCUCGCUCCGUUUCGCGCCCUCGGUGAUACGCCGUUCAAACAACCUCCCGAAUUCACUCGUCGAAUUCUUUUCAACCUUCUACCCGGAUUUCAAGAUACUACUCCCUGGGAAGAGUUUCUCGCACGGAACCGCACCCCGCCGUAUAUAUCCUCCGAACCUGAGAUAACACACUGUUUCCUUGACACUAUGGCUCAGAAGGGAUCUAUACAAGGCCCGAGGUUUCUUAUCUUGUCCUCAGAUGGGUUUUCCGACCUUUGCAAGGGUGAAGGCCAGCAGAGGAUCAUAACGGAUUGGGCGAAAGCUGUUGUCGCCGAAGGCAAGACGAGCAACUGUGCUUUCGCAGGCGUGCUCAAUUCAUUGUCCUCGAAUGGCAAUGCAGAGUCGAAUAUUAACAACAUCCUUCCUACAUAUCCCUUGUCUCCUACUUCCCCUACUGCUCCAGGCACUGGCAGUGAAUCGCGGAAUAUGGCGCUGCGUUUGUUGAGGCGCGCACUGGGCGGUGAAGACAAGCUCAGGGUUUCGAAAGUCUUGACACUAGAUAUGGACGAUGCAUGGAUUGAUGACACCGCUAUCGUUGUUCAAACGUUGUGA